AUUAUUAACGUUUAAAUUACAUAAACAACAUUUUCAAUAAAUCUUUACCACACCUGUGUAUAACUGUCAACAUUCAAAAAUGAGUAGUUACAGGGGGGAGGGGGGGUUGAUUAUUUUGUGUAUCAUUGCAUAUUCAUGUGGGUAUAGUUGUUCUUCUAAUAUAUCAGAAUAGAUAUAAUCUUUAAAAUAACAGGAUUUGCUCAUAAUGUCGCAAUAUAAUAUUCAAAUUUAAAAUAUUUUAGUUGCAGACAAGUGAAUAUUUGUCCCAGCUUCAUUAAAUUUUUAUUGAAUAGGUUUACAUAAUUAUAUCAAUUUCUUUCCUUAAAUUCCAAAAGUCGAUCGAUAACGAUAAUAAACAGUGCGUUAAAUAAGAAACAAAAGAAAAAAAUGAAGAGAAAAGCCACAAAAUUAAAGUAUUUGCUUCCUACAAUCUAGUAAAUUCAAAUUACAGAAAAUAUUUAGAAUAUUAGAUUAUCACAAAUAUUUAAAUUAAAACCACUUUUUAUAUUUACAUAUAUAGUGUUCAUAAAACUGUAAUGAUGGUGAGAGAAAUUAACUGUAUUUUUUAAUAUUAUACCUAGUUUUGAAAUUCAUAAUUUGUUUUUUAUUACUGACAUAAAAAGUAUAAACUACGAGAUAAUUUAUUAAAUAUAGUUUCUAUGUACAUUCUAUCUUAAUUUUACUUAUUCAACAAGGUUGAUGUUUUUUCCCAAUUCCAUCGUAUUUGUAUAAAAUAGGAAUACAUAUCACCAUUUAGAUGCAAGUAUUUUCAAACUCUCCCAUGUUUUGGUAGAAAAAGUAAAGAUGACAGUUCGUUUGAUAAAAAAGAAGAAGAAAAUAGUUCUUCAAUUUCAAUGUAAUGUUUAUUGACUAAUUCUAUUAAUUCGUAUCAACAAAGGAGUUUUUCUGCAAUAAAAUAAACUCAAUUCAUAGUAAGAAUGUGUAGAAUUUCAAAAUAUUAUACAUAUCUAACUGAACAUUAUAUCUAACUAUGUAUCUAAGUAACCUCUGUAAACAACUGUCAAAAGUAAAUAGUUUAGCGGGGGUUUGAAAGCUCUGUGUACACACGCUCUAUAAAACUGUUUAUAAAAUAGUAAUACUGGUUAUGGAACUCGAAAAUAAGACAAAAAGUACUACAAUGGAAAAAUCUUCAGUAGAAAGUACAAGUGGCGACGAUGUCGAACCUACUAGAGAUAAUACAAAAAAUACACCCGCAAAAAGUGUAAAUGGCAAUAAUGAAUACACAGGUGCCAUUAAAAAGAAAAAAGAUGACACCAUACCAAGAAGGAGUCAGAAAUGCUGGGAUAAACUACUAAAAUCUGUUUCCAGCCUUUCUGAAAUUGAAAAACUUGAAGUCAUAAAAGAGAAAUAUAUGGAUCUCUAUUAUGGUCAUAAAGAAGUUAUGAUGGUAAAUAGAAAUUUGGAAAAAGAAUUGAAGGCAAUUCAAAAAGAAAAGGAACAGAUACAAGCUGAUCUUAUAAAAAAUAUACUUUCAAAAUCAAAAUUGGAAAAUUUGGCUAGAGAAUUGCAAAAGCUAAAUAAGGAUAUAAAGGAAGAGAGCAUUAAUAAACUGAAGGAAGAAGAGGAAAGACAUAAACAACUUUCAACUAACUUUAGUGAAAAGCUGAAAUCUCUUAUUUCUCUGAUGGAAAGUGGCAAUCAAGAAUCAAAAGCAUUACGCGAUGAAAACGUAAAUUUGGCACACAGAUUAACAGAAGUAUAUAAACAAUUUGAAGAGAGAGAAAAUUAUACUUCAAACCUUAGUCAUCAAUUGGAACUCCAACAGCAACUAACAGAAACUCGACUAAAAAAAGCCGCCUGUGAAUAUGCAGAAAAAGAAGAAAUGUGGCAUCAGGAGAAAAGGGAUCUGAUUCAAAGAUUAUGUCUGACUAAUGAAGCUAAUCGGUCUUUACAAGAAAACUCAAGUAAAUUUCAAGAGCAAAUAGUUGCGUACCAGAAGCAGUAUCAUGAUUUUGAAGGAGCAAUGAAGAGAAGCAAUAAGGUACUUGAUACUUUCAAAGAAGAAAUGGCACACAUGAAGAAAAACAAUAGUGAAUUACUAAAAGACCGUAAUAAAUGGCAAAAGCAAUGGCAAAAUGCUAAUGAUGAAUGGACACGAAUGUGCAAAACCAAUCGUGAUUUGACUUCCGAGUUGGAACAAGUGAAUAAGAAACUUGAUGUUCUCGACAGAUUGUGUAGAAAAUUAACUGCAGAUCGUGCAAGUUACCUACAGCAAGGUAAAACUGAUUCUAAUGCUCCUGAUUGCGAUGUAGAACCUCACAAGCCAAUAGAUGAAGUUAUAAUUAGUUCUGAUACCUUAGGUGAAAGUGACAGACAGAAAUCAGAGGAGAAUACUGACCCAGUGGAUGGAAAAAGUGAUAAUUACCAAUAUACACUUUCCCAGGUAUCUUUAACUACCUCUGAGCAAACUGCGCCAUCUAGCCCUGUUCAGUUGCCCGAUGGAUCAAAUUUCGAUGAUGUGUGUGUGAAUGAAUCGCACACCCCGGAUGAUGGACAACAAAAAAAUUGUUAUUAAUUAUAUGCAGUAUUUUUCCUGUAUAGUUCAGAGUAACUUUUUGUGUUAUUUAUUUUUGUCAUUCUUACUUGUUUAUUGACAUUCUUUUAUAUUUCACAUUGUCAUCAAUUGAUAUUUAUUUACUCAUCCCUCUUGUUUCAACUCAAGUUUAGGCAGUUUUUGAAUUGAUGAUCGAAUAAUAAUUCUGCCAAUAAGAAUGCGAUUCGAGGAAUAAUUAGGAUGAAGUAAGUUCAGAGAAUGAGAGAUUAUUUCAAUUUGUGUUUCCUAAUAAUCAAACAUAUUCAUUUGACUAGAACAAUUAUAAUUAAAAUGUUGUUAAAAUGGCUAUUGUUAAUUGUUUACUCCGAAUCUUGUUUUCAAAGUUGAUUAUUUGUCACUGUGUUUAAAAAAUUGAGAAUGUUUGUAGUUUUUUUUUCAUUAUAACACUGAUGAAUAAUUUUUCUAAAAAAUCUAUUUUUAACAUCUCUAUCCUCAUCCACAUUAUCUUUUAAUUUGGUUUACUAAAUUAAGAAAUUUGGAUUAUUUUUCUAGGAAGAGGAGAAAGAAUUGAGCUUGUUAUAUUUAACGUGUUUUUUAUAAUAAAAAUUUGUAAAAUUUUA